UGGGCUCGCGAAACGCGUCGAACGAUCCGCCGCAGAAUCGAUCGGUCGUCGCGAAAGACGAAAGGUGGCUCGCGCGAAUCGCGAGUAGAAAAAUGGACGCGAGCGAACGAUCGUUCGACUGUCCUGCUCGCGAGGUCCUGCCCGUUAUCGUGACGACCGUCGCGUCAUCGUUCGACUCGAACAUUUCUGAGCGGUGCGACCAUCUUGGAGCGGCUUAAUCGUGGAAAAAAGCGAAAAGUAAAGGAAAGAUCGAGCGAGCGUUCGCAUACAUGGGUACUAAGUGGAUCGUCGCGUUGACGAUCGCGUGGCUAACGUUUCCGGUGAACGGCAAAACGACCUGUCGCGAGGUGCAACUGCCCCGCGACUGCGAAGCACUGUGCAAGAGGAACCGUCACGGCGUCAUUUCCUGCGAGCUCCGGGUGGCUGUCCUGCUUCCGGCCGAUCCAAGCUACGACAUCUCCUUGCCGAAGGUUCUUCCGGUACUCGACCUGGCCGUCUACGAAGCUCGAUCGCGAGGCCUUCUACCCUACUGGUUGAAACUGACGUUUCUUUCGCAGGACGAUCACUGCGACGCGAUGUACGCUCAGAUCGCCGCGAUCGACAGCUUCUCGAACUGUGUUCAUCUCGUUCUCGGACCCGCCUGCGAUUAUUGCGUAGCCGCCGUGGGCAGGGUGGUGAAGUUCUUCGGCACCCCGCUGAUCACCACCGGCGGCUUCACCUUCGACUUUACGCAGAACAAGACCGAGUGCAAGGACGAGUACUUUAUGACCACCAGAAUCGGGAACUUGGCGUUCAGGGACAUCGCCAAACUCAUCGUGGCCGUGAUGGACCGUUACGAGUGGAGGAAAGUGCAUCUGAUGUACGCUACGAACGGGCAGAGCGAAGUGGCCGGCAGGCACACCUGUCAGUUGAUGAUGAAGUCCAUGGUGGAGUUCGUGAAGAAGCAGCGAAACUUCACGUUCGGUACGCUCGACGUGGAGACCGCCGAUAAUUACACGGAAGCGUUACGGACUCACGUCGGCGUGUGGUACGGUGUCGUGGUGAUGUGCGCCAAUUCGACGACCAUCAGGGAGAUACUGCUGGCUGCCGAGCAACUGGGAAUGGUCGAUUCCGGAGAGUACGUCUUCUUCUCGAUCGAAUUGUCGUCUAGCGACAACGACUCGAAAGAACCGUGGAGGGUGGAAACGGACACGGAGGAAAGAAACGAGAAGGCGCGAAAGGCGUAUCAAGCGUUGUUGACGGUGACCGCGCGAACUCCGAACAAUUUCGAGUACCUGAACUUCUCGCGGGAAGUGAAAUCGCUGGCGCAGAGCAAAUACAAUUUUACGUUCGGUAAUAGUUCGGUUUCGGCAUUCGUCACUGCGUUCUACGACGCCGUCCUUCUGUACGCGCUCGCUCUGAAGGAGAGCUUGCCCGAGUACCCCGAAAAGAUAAACCUGGACGGGGGAGAUCUGACCCGGAGGAUGUGGGGAAGAAGCUUCAAAGGUAUCACAGGGGACGUGAACAUCGACGACAAUGGCGAUCGGAUAGCGGACUAUUCUCUCCUCGACAUGAACCCCGAGUCGUCGAGAUUCGAGAUCGUCGCUCAUUACUACGGUGCCAAUCAAACGCUGGAGUAUCUUCCGGGAAAAAGGAUUCGAUGGUCCGGCGGCCGGAGCGAACCACCACCGGACACGCCCACCUGUGGUUUCGACGGCUCCCUGUGUCCCGAUAACACUCUUCCAGGACACGCGAUUCUAUCGAUGGUGCUGAGCUCGAUCGUCGUAGUCCUCGCCGUUGUAUCGCUUUUCAUCUACAGGCACUUUAAGCUCGAGGCGGAAAUAGCUUCCAUGACGUGGAAGGUGCACUGGAACGAUGUGAUCGUAGUGCCGAACGCGAAGACGAGAGGCUCCAUGUACUCGUUGAUAGCGUACAGGAUGCGCGGUAGUCAACUGACGAUGUGUUCGAUGGAGAACGCUAGUCUGCCUGGCGAACUGGACAGAACCGUCUACAUUUCAACGGGGAUUUACAAGAACUCCAAGGUCGCCAUAAAGCCGAUCCCGAGGAACAAGGUGGAAAUCUCGAGGCCCCUGUUGCUCGAAUUAAAGAGGAUGAAGGAUCUUCAACACGAUCAUCUGGUACGAUUCUACGGUGCUUGCGUCGAGCCGCCGCACUGCUGCCUCUUGACCGAGUACUGUCCUAGGGGGUCUCUUCAGGAUAUCUUAGAGAACCAACAGAUCAAGCUGGAUCGCAUGUUCCGAGGGUCUUUGAUACACGAUAUCAUUCGAGGCAUGGCGUACCUGCACGCGUCCGAGGUAAAGAGUCACGGCAACCUGAAGUCCUCAAAUUGCGUGGUGGAUUCGCUGUUCGUUCUAAAGAUCGCCGACUUCGGACUGCACGAAUUGAGGAAGCCGAAUCCGUGCGACGCGGAGCAGGACAAGAACAGCUACGCCUACUGGAGAAGGCAGCUGUGGACGGCGCCGGAACUGCUGCGAAUGGAGAGGCGACCACCGGAAGGUACGCAGAAGGGCGACGUGUACAGCUUCGGAAUAAUCGUCCACGAGAUCGUGGUGCGUCGGGGGCCGUUCUACUUGGGUGACGACCGCGACCUCUCUCCAAACGAAAUCGUGGAGGCGGUGAAAAGGGGCGGUGGUUCACCUUUGCGGCCUGCGAUCGACGAGUCCAUGGUCGAAGAAGAAGUGGCUACCUUGAUGAAGAAAUGCUGGACGCAAGACGCCGCGGACAGGCCGGAUUUUCCCGCGCUCAAGCAGACCAUUCGAAAAAUUAACAAAGAUUACGAGAGCAGCAAUAUUCUGGACAAUUUACUGUCCCGCAUGGAACAAUACGCCACGAAUUUGGAGACCUUGGUGGAAGAACGCACCGCGGACUACCUCGAGGAGAAACGCAAGUGCGAAGAACUGCUUUAUCAGUUAUUGCCAAAGUCCGUCGCGUCUCAGCUGAUACUCGGUCAAAGCGUGAUAGCCGAAACUUACGAUCAAGUGACCAUCUAUUUUAGCGACAUCGUAGGAUUCACCAAACUGUCGGCCGAAAGCACGCCGCUCCAGGUAGUAGACUUGCUCAACGAUCUCUACACGUGUUUCGAUUCCAUCAUCGAAAACUUCGACGUGUACAAGGUGGAGACGAUAGGCGACGCGUACAUGGUAGUGUCCGGCUUACCGGUGAGGAACGGAACGAAUCACGCGAAAGAAAUUGCCAGGAUGAGCUUAGCGUUAAGGGACACCGUGAUGACGUUCAGUAUACGGCACAGGCCAAACGAGCAGCUAAAGCUACGAAUCGGAAUGCAUUCCGGACCCUGCGUCGCUGGCGUGGUCGGCCUCAAGAUGCCGAGGUACUGCCUCUUCGGGGAUACCGUGAACACCGCCUCUAGAAUGGAGAGCAACGGAGAAGCUCUCAAGAUACACGUCAGUCCAAAGACGAAGGAGAUCCUGGACACUUUCGGCACCUUCGAACUCGUGUGCAGAGGCGAGGUCACUCUAAAGGGCAAGGGCACGAUGACCACGUACUGGCUGAUAGGCGAGAAACCGAGGACCAACGUUCAGCGUGCGAACGUUUCCUCGAUAACGACGACUGUGGCGACCACAACGCCGACGACGACAGCAGCAGCAACCAUGACAACGAUCGUGACGACGACACACGCGGCGAAGCAGGAAGAUAAACGACCGAGCGAUACGACGCGGAGCUGUCCGGAACAGAGCACGAGCGUCCGAGUGCCGACAAAGGUUCCGGAGGGACCUCGGUCGAAUCAGGUCGGACGGCGGUCCAUCGGUCCGCGCGAAAGUCGCAAAGAGACGAGCGACGACGGAGGCGAUGGUAAUAACGCGACGGGAACGACUCGCGCUCGUUCGAUAUCUGGUAGCUCGAUGGCGGAGGGCUCACCGUCUCGAAAUCGCGUUUCCGGCUCGCCGUCGAGCAGCGCCGUAUCUCGUCGCUCCUAUCAGACCGGCGAGAGCAUCCCGAAUCACGCGGAGAGCGGACCAAACGCGCCGUUGCUCGUUCCUGCGACACCUCCGCCUCGAGUGUAGCUCGUUUCCCUUCGAUUCCCGCGUCCUUCCGUGUCUCGGUAAAUCGAUAUUCGUGAUUCGCGUAGAAUAGCGGCGAACUCUGAUCGGCCCGGCCGAUCGACAUUUGGGUCCACUCGUUCGAAAGAAUGUCUUUCGACGUAAAAAGAUAUAAACGAUGAAUCACGGAGAACACGAUUCACGGAGAAGAGCUUAGUCGCGCGCCAACUUCCUGUCCGUUGGUCGCGUAUUUCCCCGUUGCGUUCCCGCUCGCGGACGAUCUACCGUGUUCCCCGUAGCUUUUUGUACGCGUACGCGGAAACGGAUCGAACCGAGCAAAGGAGAAGGAAAUGGAAGUAGGAAGUUGACUGAACAGAACGUUUUGCGCGCACGCGUAUAUUUCCAGGUUCGAUACAAAACGGUCUACGUUAGCUUAAAUCCACGCGAACAGGGACGCACGCGGGCACGCACGUACUCGUAUACGCUUAUAUUUAUAUUUACGAAGUUAGAUAUCGGUGCGUAAAAGCAGAGGCGGGGCCUCGUUCGAUUCGGCCGACAAGCGGUCGAACCCAUAGAUUAGUAACGCGCGAGAUGCUCGCGCGGCAGAGGUAUACGCGUACGCGCGUGAAACGCGUCGCGCGUACGCCGUAAGGAAAGUACGAGAAUCGAGCGCGUCCCGAAGAUCGAAUUUCUCUCUAUUCGUGUCAAUCUCUUUUAACGUUGUAACGAUCGAUAUUCCUAAAAUAAAAUUUCAUCGUUUCCAAACGUCAA